GCCGUCGUGACCGGCGGCGGGACGGGCAUUGGGCUCAUGAUCACCCAGGCGCUCGUCGCGAACGGCGCGAAGGUCUACAUCACUGGGCGGAGGCAGGACGCACUCGACAAUGUCGUGCAGCGGUACGGACCCAACGGCGAGAUCAUCGGACUGUCUGCCGACAUCACCAAGCGCGACGAUGUGCUGCGCCUCGCGAAGAAAAUCCAGGAGCUGGAGUCGGACGGAAUACAGCUGCUCGUGAACAACGCGGGCGUCGCAAAGGAGAAGUCGACUACUGCAUACUCCAAGCAGGGCGAACCGGACAUGCGUGAUGCGAACGCGAUUGCGGAGCACCUCCUGCAGUCGACGCACGAGUCCUGGGCAGAGACGUUCGAGACGAACGUGACGGCGCAAUUCUUCGUAGCAGCGGCGUUCAUCCCACUGCUCUCGAAAGGGACCGCAAACACGCACGGAUAUUCGUCUAGCAUCGUCAACAUCGCCUCCAUCAGCGGCAUGAUGCGCACGAGCUCCUCCGGCCAGUUCGCGUACGCUGCCUCGAAGGCUGCGAUGCUUCACUUAUCGAAGAUUCUGGGCACGACCCUCGCGCAGGCGAAGAUCCGUGUGAACACCAUCUGCCCUGGGAUAUUCCCGUCCGAGAUGACGGCGGACAGUUCUGACGAGGCGAACAAGUCGCGCCUGCAGGAUGUCGGCAAGUCGCUGCCUGCGGGCAGGACAGGCGAUGACGGCGACAUGGCGGCGGCGAUCUUGUACUUGGUCGGCCCAAACUCGAACUUCUUGAACGGCCAGGUGUUACAUCCCGAUGGAGGCGCGGUACUCACGAGCCCCGCGAAUUGAAGUUGCCAGCGAAUUACCGUUGAAGAGCAAGUCCAAAAGUAAGAACGCCCACAUGUAGCACGAGCCUCUUUGUAUCCAUAGUUAUAGCCUCCAACUGUGGAGUGACCGAGUUGUUCAUAGGGAAUAUUUAAGUCCUGCAGUGAGAUUGAGGUCAAUAUUGUUUCCAGGUUUGAUGUCAACAUGAUGGUCUUCACCCAUACACUUGCCUUUACGAGCGAUUUUAUGUCGAAUUAGGCAACUCGUGCGUACCGUAGUUCAAGACCUGUCAGACUCCUUAACGACCACCUUCCUGAGCCCA